GGCCAUCUCCGGCGGCGCUCGGCGCCACUCGCUGGGUGAAGCCGGGUUUACCAAAGAUGGCGGCGUUCGGGAUUUUGAGUUAUGAGCACAGGCCGCUGAAAAGGCCUCGGCUUGGGCCGCCAGACGUUUACCCGCAGGACCCCAAGCAGAAAGAGGAUGAGUUGACAGCCCUGAAUGUUAAGCAAGGCUUUAACAAUCAACCUGCAGUGUCGGGGGAUGAACAUGGUAGUGCAAAAAAUGUCAAUUUCAAUCCUGGCAAGAUCAGCUCCUACUUUAGCAGUAUAAUUGCCGAAAAGUUGCGGUGUAAUACAUUCCCAGAUACCGGCAAAAGAAAACCUCAGGUUAAUCAAAAGGACAGUUUCUGGCUUGUCACAGCUCGUUCCCAACCUUCAAUACAUAACUGGUUUACUGAUCUGUCUGGAACCAAACCAUUAACCCAGCUUGCAAAGAAGGUGCCGAUAUUUAGUAAAAAGGAAGAAGUGUUUGGAUACCUAGCCAAAUACUCAGUGCCAGUAAUGAGAGCUGCUUGGCUGAUAAAAAUGACAUGUGCCUAUUAUGCUGCUAUCACUGAAACAAAGAUGAAGAAACGCCACGUCAUAGACCCAUGUAUAGAGUGGACUCAAAUCAUCACAAAGUACCUUUGGGAACAGCUACAGAAGAUUGCUGAGUCUUAUCGACUGAUGUCUACGCAGAAUUGUGGGACCCCAGUACAGUCCACAGUCCCUGAAGUAGAGCAGGCCAUGAAACAGUGGGAAUAUAAUGAAAAACUGGCUCUUUACAUGUUUCAGGAUGGAAUGCUGGACAGACACGAAUUCCUGACCUGGGUCCUUGAAUGCUUUGAGAAGAUUCGGCCAGGGGAGGAUGAACUUCUUAAGUUGUUGCUCCCACUAAUGUUACAGUACUCUGGAGAGUUUGUGCAAUCUGCAUACCUGUCGAGACGCUUGGCUUACUUCUGUACCCGACGUCUCUCCAUGCUGCUUGGGGAUAGUGGUAGCAAUGCAGUAACAGGAGGACACCAGUCCCAUGUGAUGACAGCACCCACUGGAAAUGCCUUGCCUCCAACUCCAACACCACCCACCAAUGGGGCUAACCAGCCUCAAUCUCCGUUCAUGGAUUUUUAUAUUUGUCCGCAGCAUCGCCCGGUUGUGUUUGGAUUAAGUUGCAUGCUUCAGAGCAUAGUUUUGUGUUGUCCAAGUGCAUUGGUGUGGCAUUACUCGUUGACUGAUUGCAGAAAUAAGACUGGAUCUCCCCUCGAUCUUUUACCCAUAGCACCAUCCAGUCUUCCUAUGCCAGGAGGGAACUCUACAUUUACCCAACAGGUCCGAGCUAAAGUGCGGGAAAUUGAGGAACAGAUUAAAGAACGAGGUCAGGCUGUGGAGGUCAGGUGGUCAUUUGAUAAGUGUCAGGAAACUAAUGCAGGGUUUACUAUUGGUCGCGUAUUGCAUACACUGGAGGUACUUGACAGCCACAGUUUUGAAAAAUCUGAUUUUAAUAACUCGUUGGAUUCGCUUUACAACAGAAUAUUUGGAUCAGGACAGAAUAAAGAUGGGCAUGAGAUGUUGCCAGAUGAUGAUGCAGUGAUGACAUUGCUUUGUGAGUGGGCAGUGAGCUGCAAGCGUUCAGGCAGACACCGGGCCAUGGUGGUGGCAAAAUUGUUGGAGAAGAGGCAAGCUGAAAUUGAAGCUGAGAGAUGUGGUGAAUCAGAGGUAGUAGAUGAGAAGGGAUCUGUGUCAUCUGGCUCUCUCACCAGUGCCAGCAUUCCUGUUUUCCAGGAUGUGUUGCUUCAAUUCCUGGAUACCCAAGCUCCAAUGCUGACUGACCCUAGUAGUGAAAGUGAAAAGGCUGAAUUUGCCAACUUGGUGCUCCUAUUCUGUGAGCUGAUCCGCCAUGAUGUUUUCUCACACAAUGUCUACAUGUGCACACUGAUAUCUAGAGGAGACCUGUCAUCGGAGCAGCAUGUGCCCAGACCACGCUCACCUGUUGAUGAUGCUGCAGAAGAGCAGGAUCGGAAGGAACAUGAAGGAAAUAACAGUGUUAAACUGGAGGACCCUGGUUUAUCAGAAAGUAUGGACAUAGAUCCGAACUCCAGUGCUAUAUUUGAAGAUGUGGAAAAGAAUGACUUCAAAAGUGAAUUUAGUUCUGAUUUCUCUAUGUUUUCUCCUUCAAUGCACUGCGAAUCCAAAACCAGCCCAUCCCCAGAAAAACCUGCCUCAGAAAAGGAGGUUAAGCUAUUACAUAAAGAAAAGAAUGAAGUAACGUUUCCAUCACCAUAUGACCAAUCCAGGCAUAUACAGUAUGCCACGCACUUCCCUAUUCCUCAGGAAGAAUCAGCAAGUCAUGAAUGUAAUCAGCGUUUGGUGGUUCUAUAUGGUGUUGGGAAACAACGUGAUGAAGCUCGACACGUAAUUAAAAAAAUAACCAAAGAUAUCCUGAAGGUUUUGAACAAGAAGAGUACUGCAGAGACUGGUGGAGAGGAAGGACAGAAGCGAAAGAAAAAUAAACCAGAAGCAUUUCCGACAGCUGAGGACAUAUUUGCUAAAUUUCAGCAUCUUUCACAUUUUGAUCAACAUCAAGUUACCUCUCAGGUAUCACGGAAUGUGCUGGAACAGAUCACUAGUUUUGCCUUAGGAAUGUCCUAUCAUCUGCCUCUUGUUCAGCAUAUUCAGUUCAUCUUUGAUCUAAUGGAGUAUUCCCUUAACAUCAGUGGACUGAUAGAUUUUGCUAUUCAGCUGCUGAAUGAAUUGAGUGUGGUGGAAGCAGAGUUACUCCUGAAGUCAUCCAGUCUGGUUGGCAGCUACACAACGGGUUUGUGUCUGUGCAUUGUGGCAGUCCUGCGGCGUUAUCAUUCCUGCCUUAUCCUCAACUCUGAUCAGACAGCACAAGUGUUUGAAGGUUUAUGUGGAGUGGUAAAGCAUGGUGUUAACCCAGCAGACUGCUCCUCUGCUGAACGUUGUAUCCUCGCCUACCUCUAUGAUCUCUACACCUCCUGCAGUCAUUUAAAGAGCAAAUUUGGAGAACUCUUUGGUGAUGCCUGUUCCAAGGUCAAGAAUACCAUCUACAGUAAUAUUGAUCCUUCUGACUCCAACAUGCUUUGGGAACCUGAGUUCAUGAUUGAUGCCAUUGAAAACCCCUCCGCCCACAACUUCAGCUACUCCAUGCUUGGUAAAAUCCUGAAUGAUAACCCAGCCAAUCGCUACAGCUUUGUUUGCAAUGCACUCAUGCAUGUCUGUGUGGGACAUCAUGAUCCUGAUCGUGUGAAUGACAUUGCUAUCCUGUGUGCGGAACUGACUGCCUAUUGCAAGGCUCUCAGCGCCGAGUGGCUUGGUGUACUUAAGGCACUGUGCUGUUCAUCCAAUAAUGGUACUUGCGGCUUUAAUGAUCUUCUCUGCAAUGUUGAUGUGAGCGAUUUAUCAUUCCAUGACUCUCUGGCAACAUUUAUAGCUAUUUUAAUAGCCAGACAAUGUUUGCUGUUGGAGGAUCUGAUUCGCUGUGUGGCCAUCCCAUCACUCCUUAAUGCAGCAUGCAGUGAACAAGAUUCAGAACCUGGUGCUCGUCUAACAUGCAGAAUCCUCCUCCACUUGUUUAGGACACCACAGUUGAACCCUUGUCACCAGGACAGCAAUAAACCUACAGUAGGGAUUCGUUCAUCCUGUGACAGACACCUGCUGGCAGCAUCGCAGAACAGCAUUGUGGUGGGAGCAGUUUUUGCUGUCCUCAAAGCUAUAUUUAUGUUGGGUGAUGCUGAAUUAAAAGGCUCUGGCUUCUCUCAUUCUGGUGGAAUGGAGGACCUUGCAGAUGAUGAUGUAGGAGUGAAAAAAUCUGGCAGCCGGACUGUUUCUAUUGAAACAGCCAGUUUAGAUGCUUAUGCGAAAUAUGUGCUAAAGAAUAUCUGUCAGCAGGAGUGGGUGGGAGAGCGCUGCCUAAAGAGUUUGUGUGAGGAUAGCAGUGCUCUGCAGGAUCCGGUUUUGACAAACAAGCAAGCACAACGACUCUUGCAACUGAUAUGCUAUCCGCACCGUCAGCUGGACAGUGAGGAAGGGGACAACCCACAACGUCAACGAAUCAAACGCAUUCUACAGAAUCUUGAUCAGUGGACAAUGAGGCAAUCCUCACUGGAGCUGCAGCUUAUGAUUAAACAGAGUGUCAUCAGCGAGAUGAAUUCCUUACUAGAAAACAUUGCUAAAGCCACCAUUGAGGUAUUCCAAAAAUCAGCUGAAAUGAACUCCUCCAAUCUGAGCAGUAAUGGAACUGUGAAUGCUGGGGUACCUGUCUUUAGCACCAGCAGCACAAACGGAAAUGCAACCAGCAAAAUGAAACCAUUGCUCAGCUCAUCAGAGCGGACAGGUGUCUGGCUGGUGGCACCAUUGAUUGCAAAGUUGCCAACAUCUGUCCAGGGUCAUGUGCUGAAAGCAGCUGGUGAGGAAUUGGAGAAAGGUCAACAUCUAGGGUCAUCCUCACGGAAAGAGCGGGAUCGGCAGAAACAGAAGAGUAUGUCUCUGCUGAGUCAACAGCCAUUUCUUUCGCUGGUUCUGACGUGCCUGAAAGGGCAGGAUGAACAAAGGGAGGGGCUUCUCACCUCCCUUUACAGCCAGGUCCAACAGAUUGUAACAAAUUGGCGUGAAGACCAGUACCAGGAUGACUGUAAAGCCAAACAGAUGAUGCAUGAAGCACUGAAACUUCGCCUAAACCUUGUGGGUGGGAUGUUCGAUACUGUCCAACGUAGCACACAAGGGACCACUGAGUGGGCUGUUCUUCUCUUGGACAUAAUCAGCAGUGGAACAGUUGACAUGCAGUCCAACAAUGAGCUAUUCACUACAGUCCUCGAUAUGCUCAGUGUGCUAGUUAAUGGGACUCUGGCAGCGGACAUGUCAAGCAUCUCGCAAGGCAGUAUGGAGGAGAACAAGAGGGCCUACAUGAACCUCGUAAAGAAACUUCGGAAAGAGCUUGGGGACCGACAGUCAGAAAGUUUAGAGAAGGUGCGACAGUUGUUACCACUUCCCAAACAGACAAGAGAUGUCAUCACUUGUGAACCCCAAGGCUCUCUGAUUGAUACCAAAGGAAACAAGAUUGCUGGCUUUGACUCAAUAUUCAAGAAAGAGGGGUUACAGGUCUCCACUAAACAGAAGAUUUCACCAUGGGAUGUAUUUGAAGGGAUGAAGCACUCCGCUCCUCUCUCUUGGGGAUGGUUUGGAACAGUUCGUGUUGACCGCAAGGUGACCAAAUUUGAAGAGCAGCACAGGCUCCUGUUGUACCACACACACCUAAAACCAAAACCACGUAGUUACUACUUAGAACCACUGCCGCUUCCCCCAGAAGAGGAGGAACCACCUGUGCCAAUCAUUCCAGAACCAGAAAAAACUGCUGCAGAACCACCAAAGCUGGAAAAACCUAAUACUACUGAAGAGAAGAAAAAGAAAGCACCCAGAAAGAAACGGCAUGCUCCUAAUAAAACAGAGCAGGAUUUACCAUCCAAUGCACACAGAAUGCCUGCCUAUGGUGGUGGAGUUCCUACUGAUCUAAUCCCACACCAGACUGGUAAUCACUAUACCAGACUUCCAUACGGACAGCCCAGUGUAGGGAUAUAUACACAGAAUCAGCCUUUACCAGCAGGUGGACCCAGGUUAGAUACAAUCCCAUACAGAUCUGUGAGGCCUCCUUUCUCCAAAAUAAUGCAGAAUCGCCCGCCAUACAGCACAGUGAUGCCCCAUAUGGGUGGAAUGAUGGAUCCGUCACUGUACAAACCUCCCCAAUACAAGCAGCAACCUCCAAUCCCACAGGGACAAAUGCUCCGACAGCAGCUACAUGCCAGACUGAAUUCCGGUGGAAUGUAUGGACAACAGGUACGUCAAGCAAAUCCAGCCCAGCAAUAUGGACCUAUGUCACAAGCCCAGAAUAUUUCCCAAGGUUACACAAACUAUGGUUCUCACUUGGGGAUGCAGCCACACCCUUCGCAGGCCAGCAGCAUGAUUCCUCCUGCCUAUUCGAACCAACCAUACCAGGGCAGUCACACAGCCAACAAUCCUGCACUCGCAGAUCAGGUUCGGCAGAUGCAGCAACGACCAAGUGGUUAUGUUCACCAGCAAGCUCCAGCUUAUGCACACUCCAUGCAAAACACACAAAGGCUAACCCACCAACCCAUGCAGCAGACACCAUUGAUGACAGGGAUUAGUCAUAUGACCCCACAGAGUGUUCACUCGACUAUGAGGAAUAAUCAGUUGGGUCAGGAACAGCAGUACCUUCGACAGCAGCAGAUCCUGAGGCAGCAGCAGGUACAGCAACAGCAGCAGCAGCAGCAGCAACAACAACAGCAGCAGCAGCAGCAACAACAACAACAACAGCAACAGCAACAACAACAACAGGUGCAGCAGCAACAGCAACAGGCUCAACCCCAACCACAGACACUGGGAAUGCAGGCCAUCCCACCUCAGCAGUCCAUGUUCCAGAGACAAGGAAUGCAGCAGACACAGCAGCAGCAGCAGACGGCAGCACUGGUCAGACAAUUGCAACAGCAGCUUUCAAAUUCACAGCCACAGAAGAAUGCAAACCCAUAUUAUUAAUGCUGGAAUCUCCUGAAAUAAAAGAAAUGUGUCUCUGCUCACCACGUGGCCCGCCCCAGAUUCUGUCUGCUGUUCUCCAAAGGAAUGUUACGGUUUUGAAGGAAAAUAGCCUUGGGUUUACUGAUUGUCCUAUGGAAUGGGCUUCUUAGUUGACCACUUCCUCAUGUACUUAACGGGUUGCUCUUAAUGUAUGUUUAUUCACUGUUAGAAAAAAUAUUUUUCAGCAUUAAAAAGCUGAGAGAUGCUGGUAUAUUUUUCCAAUCUCCCUCCAUCCCAUCCCAUCCUAUUCUCUUCAAGAGGAGACCAGGAAGGCUGAAUUAUUGAUCAUCUGUGCUCAACAACAGUACUUCAGUUGAUGUGCAUUUAAUUAAUGUGCCAUAGACCUUGUAACCUGAAGAGAGAUCCAGCACAAUUUGUAAACUUCCAUGCAGUUCUGUUAGUUAUUGCCAAUGAUUGAGGCUCAUAGGAGGUCAUGUUGUUACUGAAACUGUUACUCUCCCAGCAGCUGCGCCAUGGCUGUGUUUUUUUACAUAUAUAUUUUUUAUAAAUAUAUAUAAAUAUAUACAGUUGUGUAUAUAUACAUAUAGCACUCUAUGAACAUUUAUUUUUAAUUAUUUUCAUUAAUGUUUCAUAUUGAUGCUCUUAAAACUAAAGAACCCAAGGAAUUACUGUAACCAUUUUUUUCUCCUCAUGCUUGGAAAUCACUGACUUGUUGAGGUAUGAUAGCUCUCCAUGUAAACAUUUUUGAUAUAUGAACCUGCACGCAAGCUACUCAACCACACGUGGCAUCAUAGCCAAGCCUGAACUUGUCCAAACAAGUGCAGUUUCCAGGAUGGGUUAUUGAAUAAUGAUCAGGAGCCAGAAACCAGAAUAUGUGCCUUGGCAUAUCAAUAAAAUGAACAGUUUUACAAAGUCAGAAGAGAAAUAUUUUGACCUGUAUUGCAGCAAGAGAGUGCAAAAUGAUUUUCAGAUAGGUCUUUACUUGUCAUUUUUAAUGCAUAUUCUAGAUUGUAAAGCGAGCUAUUGAAGUUUGUAUGUGUGCUGGGGAGAAAAUGGUGGUUCAGAAAGACUACUGUGUUGAAGAGUGGCCUUGUGUUGCUACUGUAUUUUUUUCUACAUUGUAUGCUUAUAGUUGUUUCUUUGGUUAAUUCGGGGGAAAAAAACAGCAUCUCUCAGUCUUCUGAUUCAAAGUUCUAUCAAUUAUUGAGACAGAAAACAUGGUAGUUUAUCGUAUGUGUCUGCCACAUUCAGUGCUCUGCAUGAAUUCAGACUACCCAGUGAAAGUAAUACCUUUGUAAUAGAAAGACAAAGUAAUCGUUCCUGCAUUCUUCGAAAAUGCAUUUGCAAUUCAGUUGUUGGCUUCUACCAUUCACUAACACAACUCAACUGGUUGAGAAUAAAAGUUAUUACUAGAGAAGAACAGCUGAACCAACGAUUGUAGUAUAGGAGGGUGGAGCCAUCAAAAUUCACUCAGAGGACAAGGUUAAACUGAGAAGCUUCAGAUACUAGCAUCACAACUUUGAAAAUUCAUCACCCCAAAGCAUUUCUGAACUUAAUCCAACAAAACAGUUUUCAGUUUUUCCAUCCAAUGAUUUAUAUUUUUUUAAAAAAGGUAUGGAUUAUAAUUUCUACUCAAUGCAAAUCUUCAACUUUGCAUGAACUUUGGCUCAUUCCAAAGGUAAUAUUUCCAUAUGAAAUUUUGCUUUAGAAAGGUGCGGGUACAAAAAAGCACAAAGUGCAGAGCACAUAGUGCUUGAACAGAAAUCUGGGGCUUAAGUAUCAUGGAAAUAAACUACUGAAAUUGAGUAUAUCUGUAAGGCUGGAGUGGGGGAGAGGAAGAUGACAAGAAACUCUCUGCAGUACCUGUUUCUGAAGAAAUUCAUGGAACGGCUUACUAAGUGACGUGUAGCAAAAUCCCCUCCCGUAAAAGUGUAGGAGAGUAAGCCUGGUGGAGAAAAGAAUAUCGCACUGUACAGAAAAAAUACUUUCUAUCUUGGUUUGUAAAACUGUACCCACAUAUUAAAAUUAUGUACAUUUUUGGUAACUGAUUUGUUUUUUUCUUUAAGAAAAUUCUGAUGUAAAGAAAAAAUUCAAGAUAGUGUAUGUAUAAAAAAAAUUGUACAUGUGCUGUUUUUAUAUAUAAAACACAAACACUGGUCAAUAUGAUAGAAAUGACCAUAUGAA